AUGGGAAAAAGGGAAGAUGAAGAAGAAGGAGAAGGAGAAGGAGAAGGAGAAGGAGAAGGAGAAGAGAAGGAGCAGGAGAAGGAGAAGGAGAAGGAGAAGGAGAAGGAGAAGGAGGAGGAGAAGGAGGAGGAGAAGGAGAAGGAGAAGGAUAAGGAUAAGGAGAAGGAGAAGGAGAAGGAGAAGGAGAAGGAGAACGAGAACGAGAACGAGAAGGAGAAGGAGAAGGAGAAGGAGAAGGAGAAGGAGAAGGAG